CAUAUUGAUCAGAUGCUGCCUUCUUAAAGGUAAUGAAGCUGAGUCUUUGAAAAUUGAAAUGACUUUCCUGGCCCACACUCGUAAAUGGAGAAGACCGACGUCAACCGAAAUUCUGUUCAGCUCUAACACUCUUAGCCAAUUUCCAACUAUAUUGAUGUUUUAAGACAACCACCAAAAUGGAUUUCUUAAACACGUCUGAUCAGAACCUGACCUCAGAAGACCUAUUCAACAGAACGCCAUCCAAGAUUCUGGUGUCCCUCACCCUGUCCGGGCUGGCGCUGAUGACAACCACCAUCAACUCUCUGGUGAUCACUGCCAUCCUUGUGACCAGGAAGCUGCACCACCCGGCCAACUAUUUAAUCUGCUCCCUGGCAGUUACAGAUUUCCUGGUGGCCGUCCUGGUGAUGCCUUUCAGCAUUGUGUACAUCGUGAGAGAGAGCUGGGUCAUGGGCCAGGCCGUCUGUGACAUCUGGCUGAGCGUUGACAUCACCUGCUGUACCUGCUCCAUCCUGCAUCUCUCGGCCAUCGCCUUGGACCGGUACCGGGCCAUCACGGACGCUGUGGAGUAUGCCAGGAAAAGGACCCCCAGGCGUGCGGGCAUCAUGAUUGCGGUGGUGUGGACCCUAUCUGUCUUCAUCUCCAUGCCUCCUCUCUUCUGGAGGCACCAGGCAACCAGCCGAGAGGACGAGUGCGUCAUCAAGCACGACCACAUCGUUUCCACCAUUUACUCAACGUUUGGAGCUUUCUACAUCCCCCUGACACUGAUUUUGAUCCUCUAUUACAAAAUAUAUAGAGCAGCGAAGACCCUAUACCACAAGAGACAAGCGAGCAGGAUCGCCAAGGAGGACCUGAACGGCCAGGUGCUUCUGGAGAGUGAGCACAGGAGCUCCCGACUGGCCUCCACAGCCUGCGCGCCGGAGAAGUCUCUGUCCGACCCCUCGACAGACUUGGAUAAAACUCACAGCGCCGGGAAGACGCCCGGGGCGGGCUUCAGGCACGAGAAAUCCUGGAGAAGGCAGAGGAUCUCAGGCGCCAGGGAGCGCAAAGCAGCCACCACCCUGGGCCUCAUUCUGGGUGCAUUUGUAAUAUGUUGGCUUCCCUUUUUUGUAAAAGAAUUGGUGGUUAAUGUCUGUGAAAACUGUAAAAUUUCUGAAGAAAUGUCAAAUUUUUUGACAUGGCUUGGCUAUCUCAAUUCCCUUAUAAAUCCGCUGAUUUAUACAAUUUUUAACGAAGAUUUCAAGAAAGCAUUCCAAAAACUUGUGAGAUGCCGAUGUUAGUUUAAAAAAGGUUUAUUAUUAAAAGGUUGGGGGUUUUUUUGAGGUGAAGUACCUAAAUGAAUGCUAAGUGGUGAAACACUUAAACUUUUAGAAGGAAAUAAAUUAAAACUGCUAAAAUAAUAAGAAUAUAGUUUAUAUUUUAAUAGCAACAUGAAUAUAAAAUUUAUUGAUAUAAAGAUGUUUCUUUUGACCAUUGUUCUAGAGUACUCAAAAUUAGAAAAUAAUUUAUUGUAAGUAUUUUGCCUAUGCAAUGUUCAUAAAAGGCUAAGUGGAAAUAUAUAUACAUAUAUUAUUAAUAACAGCAGUUUUCUAGAUUUAUGUCUUACAAAUAUUAUAGAAGAGUGCUCAAUUAACAACAUGCCUCCUUCCAUAAUUUCUAUAGAAUCCUACUGUUUUAUUAUAUAAUUUUAUUAUUUAUUAAAAAUUAUAAUUCACCCUAAAGCACACAUUUCUCCCACCUAGCCACUCUUGUUCCCUGUCCGUCACACCCAGGGCGAUAGAGGAGGGGGGAAGAGCUAACAAGGACUCUUACUUAGUAUGACUAGAGGAAAUGUAAAAGUCAGAAAUUGAUAAUGUCUUUGCAUUUAGAUAGUAAAGAGCAAUCAUAAAGUGAGUUAGACACUACAAAAUAAUUUUAGAUACUGAACUUGUGCUUAUUUAACAUUUUAUUUUUGUUUAAUAUGAAUUCC